UUUGCAGUUCACAUUCUACUUAUUGGCUCUUGAAGGCAGACAUGCAUUCACAGGAUCCCUCUAAACUAUGAGGGGAAAAUGCUUUACAACAUGAAUCUAGACGCCACGAUUCAAAUGGGCACCACCAGCAGAUCAUAACCGGACUUUUCUGAUUUGUGCUGAGGAUUAUUUCAGAUUAGUUAUGGUGGAAAAGGAUGGUUGUUAUUCUUGUUUGGCAGCACUCAGGGUUCUGCGAGUUUCCCUUGUGGAUGAACUGGAAGGACAGAUUGACUCUCUGCUGGAAAUCUUAGUAAGUCAGGAAGUAUUCACCCGUGAUGACCGUGAGGAGGUUUUGUGUCAGUUGGGGCCUCGCGCAAGAGUGAGGAACGUGUUGGAUAUUCUGGCGUGUAAAGGCGAGGAAGCAGCUGAGAUUUUUCUCUCAAUUAGGAGUCAUCAUCAGCAAGAGGCACAGAAACCAUCCGAAGAAGGCCACACGGAUCAGCCUCAAUUCGUAGAGUAUAACAAAGUCAAACAAAAGCAUAAAGACUUCCUCACACGUCGGAGUGAGAGCAUGCUCUUCUACAACACUCGACACGGAGAGAAAAUCCUUUUUUCCGAACACUAUGUCAAUCUCUUGUUGGCCGACGGACACCAGUGCUUGGAGAGAAAAAGACAUGAGGUGCUGACAUUUGGACAAAAGCGACUAUCUAUGCAGCAGAAGUCAGCAGUGCAUAGGAAAAUUGCACCAGCCGAACUCUUUUCAAGCGCAAAUGGAAACCGUCCAGUCAAGAAAGUUCUGGUGUCAGGGGUGGCCGGCAUCGGAAAAACCAUCCUGGUGCAGAAGAUGCUGUUUGAUUUUGGGGGAAACAGGGACCAUCUUGGAUUUGACUUCAUCAUCCACAUGACAUUCAGAGACCUGAAUCUGAUUGACAAACCUACAAACUUCCGGAAGCUGGUCUUGCGUAAAAACAGACACCUGUCUAAGGAACUAGAUGCCAUUUUAGCAAAUGACAAGAAACUGCUGAUCAUCUUAGACGGCUUUGAUGAGUUCAGACACUACAGGAGCUGUGAUGUAGACGCAUUUGUGACUGAGCCAGAUGAAGAUGCAGAGGUGGUGGAGGUCGUUGGGAGUCUGAUGCAAGGGGAACUGCUGCCCAACGCUUCUGUCAUGCUCACAAGUCGACCUACAGCCAUCAACCACAUCCCUGUGGGCUGCAUCGACCGCUUUGUGCUCAUCACUGGCUUCUCCUUGGCUGAAGUUCAAGACUUCUUCCUACGUUAUUUCCAGGACAGUGCCAUUGCUGACUGCAUGUUCGCAGUGGUAUCAGCGAAUGAACUAAUGCUGACGCUGUGCUACAUACCUGCAUUUUGCUACAUUGUGUGCUGCAUCCUCAAAGAAAGCAAAGACCUGUGUGGGGAGAGCCCCAAGACCAUGACAGACAUUUAUCUGCAGUAUCUGGUGGCCUUGCUUCGCUCUCACACUCAAGCAAGAGCUGAAACAUUUCGUCAAGAACAAAGAGCAGGGGCCGUCCAGAAGCAGUCUGAUAUUGUGCUGAAGCUUGGCCGACUCGCCUUCCAAAAGCUGAUGGAGCAUCAGACACUAUUCUACAGCAGCGACCAAGAUGUUGCAGAGUUAGAGGGAUGCAGCCUUGUUAGUACCUUCCUUGACAAGACAGUGGCACAAGAGCCCGGCUGCACUGAAGAGGUUUACUCCUUUGCGCACCUUACUGUUCAAGAGUUCUUCGCUGCAGUGUAUUGUGCAGUGACAGAUGACCCUUUACCUGAUGUACUUCCACACACUUCAAGUCGUGCGGAGGGGUCCAACAACGGACAUUUGGACCUCUUCCAUCGCUUCCUGUCUGGAAUCCUCUCUGAACGCAAUGCUAAUCUUCUAUCAAGGCAGGUGGGAUUGAGUUGCAAUAAAGACAAAGUGGACAUCUAUCGUCAGAGGAUCAUCAGAGAACUUACAAUGCUAUGUGAGAAUAGGGCCCAAAUCCUAAACCAUUUACACUGCCUGUUUGAGCAACAGGACCCCUCUUUGGCCCUUGCUGUGCAACCAAAUACACUACACGUGAAUGUUAGUGAUGAAACACUCUCCCAAAUGGAUUACAAUGCCAUCAAGUACUUUCUCAACCUUACAAAGGGCAAUAUAUCAGAGCUGGAUCUGACAGGGACGGGAGUAAGCUGUGAGGCACUUAGAGACAUGCAGCCCCUGCUGCUCAGAUGUAACAGACUUUGGCUUGGAGAAAACAACCUCGAUAUGGACACAGCUCAGGUCAUUGCUGAUGUGCUGCGGGUGUCAGAAAGUAUAACCCACCUUGGACUUGGGUGGUCCGACAUUGGUGAUGAUGAACUGCUGGCUCUUUCUAGUGCCAUACGUGUGAAAAAAAAGCUUCAAGAGUUGUGGACAUCCUGUGCUUUCACAGGAUGGAGGGAAACCGAGUGAGCUACAAAGGUCUGCUGUCACUCAGGGACUUGACCCCAAACCCUCUGAAAACAGUUGUAGCCAUAUGGAAUGACCUGACUGACACAGACCCAGAGUCCUUAUGCACUCAAGAAAGCAUAACUGUGAGCUUCACAGAUGACAAUAUAUGGGCAGCGUGGGGGGAAUGGAUCUUCAAAAGGUGUAAGGACAGCAGCAACGAUAAGUUAGUGACGGUACUCAACAAAGUUUGCAACAUAUCAGUCCAUUGCUUAGAAGUCCAGUGGGUGAAGACUUUCU